AUGGAAGCUUUCAACAGAAUCGCCCGGUGUUUGACUGCAAACGGACCGGAUCGUGUUCUGCCUGGGGUUGCUUUGGUCGCAGCUGAUAAAAACGGGGACACUUUGUACUCCGAAAGCUUUGGCUUUACCGAUAAAGGACCGUUCACUGUCGAUACUCCAAUUUGGUUUGCAUCAUGCACAAAGCUCGUGACUUCAAUCGCACUUUUGCAAUGCGUUGAAAAGGGGCUCAUCGAUUUAGAUGAAAAUGUCGGGCGUAUCCUUCCUGAACUAGCGGAUCCAGAUAUUUUGUGCGGCUUCGAUGAAGGGACACGAGAGCCUCUUAUAAAGAAGGCAGAGAAGAAGAUAACUUAUCGCCAUCUCCUUUCCCAUACAUCCGGGCUUGGCUAUGACUCCUGGCAUCCACCAUUGGUAAAGUGGAGGGAGGCAACGAAGACAAAGCCAGUAACGGGGCUGGCUCCAGUUGAAAAACUUGUCUACCCGUUGCUGUUUGAACCUGGAGAGGGGUGGAUCUAUGGCGCAGGCAUCGAUUGGGCGGGAAAAGCUGUCGAACGCUUGCAUGGAGGGAUUAGAUUAGAAAACUACUUCAGAGCGCAUAUAUUCGAGCCACUUGGAAUGGAACACACCACACUCAGACCUUCCCAGAGCAGUCAUAUUCCUGCGACUAAGGCUGAGUCAACAGCCCGAGCUCCGACAGGCGAACUUAUACCUACACCGGUAGAAACCCAGCCGAUUUUCAAACCUGCUGAUGAAUUUGGUGGCCAUGGACUCUGGUCCACUGCAGCAGAGUACAUCAAACUCCUAACCUCCGUCCUAAAAGACGAUGGCAAACUGCUAUCGUCUGCAACACUUUCGAUCCUUUUUGAGCCCCAGCUCCACGACAAUAGUCAUCUCAUCCAAUACAUGCACUCGAGCAGGACUGAGGUGGCUAUGACAAAUGGUGUGCCAGGGAAUAGAACUUGGAACCAUUCGCUAGGUGGUGUCCUGGCGACAGAAGACAUACCAAAUAGGCGUUUGAAGGGGGCAAUUAACUGGCAUGGACUUGAUAAUACUUAUUGGUGGAUUGAUCGCGAACGUGGAACGUGCGGACUCUCCGCAACCCAGCUCGCUGGCUAUUAUGAUGCUGAAGCGGUCUCGCUGUUCAGUAAAUUCGAAGCUAUGAUCUUCCAACAUUCUGGCGCUUGA